AUGGCGCCCGAACCCCGAACCUACGUGUCCGGCGGCCGCGUCCUCGGAAGCCCCCCACUCUCCGUCCGAGUCAGUCGCUUUUUCGAGAGUGUGUAUGUGUUCCUGGGUCUGUAUCUUGUGAGCUUUUUUUCGCUCGAUCCCUACGCCGCGGCGCAGAACUCGCAGUUCAACAUCCAUCGCAAGGGUAACCCCUCGGGGCCAAAGUCGCGAUGGGGACUUUUUGGCGGCGGUGGGAGCGGUGGUUCUGGGGGUGGGGGCGGUCCUGGGGGCGGUCCGAGGGGCUUUGGGCCGCGGAAGAUUGGUCGAGUGGAUGAUGUUCGUGGUCCGGAACCCCUCCACCAAAACUCCUCCACCAAACCACCACCAUACCAAACCAUGGCCCCCCAACCCCCCCAAACCGACUCCGCCUGGAAAACCCUCAUCACCCAAACCAUCCAACACCUCCCAUCCCCCACCACUUUUCCAGUAUACCCCGUCCCCGCCCGCCCCUCCCUUACAAUCGACCACACCCAACUCUCGCCCACCGCCAGCCCGUCCCAAAUCGACACCCUCUGCACCGAAGCCCAGGUCCACGACUUCGCCACCGUCUGCGUGCGUCUCCCCUACGUCGCCCGCGCCGUGCAGAACCUCUCCAGCAGCAACACCAGCACCAAUACCGCAGAGGGAACGACAAACCCAGGAACAGGAGUAGGGGUAGCAUGCGUAAUCGCCUUCCCGUCCGGGCUGGACCCGACCGCCUCCAAAACCACCGAAUCCGCAUCCGCCGUGUCCGCCGGCGCGACGGAGCUGGACAUGGUGCUCAACCGGCCGCUCUUACAGGAGGGGAGGUACACGGCCGUGUACGAGGACAUCCGGGCGGUGCGCGAGGCCAUCCCAGCGGGGGUGGUGCUGAAGGUGAUCCUGGAGACGGGGCGGCUGUCGGGGACGGAGGAGGUGGUGGCGGGGAGUGUGGUGGCUUGUUUGGCCGGCGCGGACUAUAUCAAGACGAGUACGGGGUUCGAUGGGCCCGGGGCCCGAGUGGAGGAUGUACGGGUGAUGCGGUGGGUUGCGGGGAGUUUGGGGACGGGGACGAGGGUUAAGGCUAGUGGCGGGGUGAGGGGGGCGGAGGAGUGGAGGCGGAUGGUCGAGGCGGGGGCGGAGAGGAUUGGGAGUAGUUCCGGGGUGGGGAUUGUGGUGCAAUUGGGGAGGAUUGAGGGGGAGAUGGAAGAGAGGCAGAAGGAGGAGGGGGAAGGGGGCUAUUGAGCGGGUUCUGUUGGGUUGGGCUGUGUUGGUGGUUUUGAUUGAUGUUUUGUUUUUGGUCUUCGGUGGGGAGGUGUGGUUGUAAUUCUGCUGUCUGGGUUUGAGGUACCUGUCUGCGCCAGGGACAAGCGCAAUCAGACUGCACCAACAGCUACAUAUUCAACCCCAAUCUGCACGGCGUAGAUAACU